AUUGCGGUUAAGCGCCGCUCUCGUUGGGACGAAACUCCCCUUAAGUCUGGUGCUGGGGCCACGCCUGGCGCCACUCCGGGCGGGAGCACCCCAUCUCAAACGCCUAGGGGGUUCACACCUGGAGGCCUAACGACUCCUACAAUGACGCCUAGUGGAGUAAUGGGUAUGUCUCUUUUGACUCCGAGUGGAACAACACCUGUUGGCGCGAAAGCAAUGGGCAUGGUUACACCAGCAUUGACGGGCGCUGCUGUUACGCUGCCGGGCUCUGGGGUUCCUAUGACUCCCGAACAGUUGCAGGCCUACUCAUGGCAGAAGGAAAUUGAUGAUCGAAAUCGACCACUCACAGAUGAAGAACUCGAUGAAAUUCUCCCUCCUGGCUACAAAAUCAUGCCUCCACCUGCUGGUUACGUGCCGUUAAGGACUCCUACUCGUCGCCUUGUUGCGACACCGACUCCCAUGGUAGGCACCCCAAUGGGGUUCCGCAUCGCCACUCCAGAUGUCGGUACUGUCGCCGGCCUUGGACAGUCUUCUCAGGGUGCAAAUGCUGCCGCGAUGGGCGAUAUGCAGCCUAAAGAUGCCACUUUGCCUAUGAUGCGCCCAGAUGAUUUGCAAUAUUUUGAUAAGCUCCUUCAG